UAUCGAAGAGGCCGUGAACGUAGCACAGUUGGACGCGUCGGAGAGGAGAGGAAAGAAAGGGGCAGGGAAGGGACCUGCGAUCAAUUCAGCCUCGCACUCUUGGCGCCAAUCCGAUUGAAAGAGAAAAAAACAUCGAACAUUUCCUUUAUGUUUUAACCAAAUUUGCGCUUAACUGCUGGAUUUGCCCCAGCCAUCAGUCGGUGCUACAGCCAUCUAGCCUCGUUAGCACACUCUCUAUCAUUGUCAUAUUAGUCUGGCCCCUCGUCUCUGCCCGCGGCGGCGAUACUAAUAACUCGAUAACAGUAACGCACGAGGACAAUAGGUGCGUUUCUCUCGCCGGGGGAUCGACGAGGCACGGCUGCGAAAUGGGGAGGAAGUCCAACCGAGCAAAGGAGAAGAAGGCCCGGCGUCUGGAAGAGAGGGCGGCCAUGGAUGCCGUCUGUGCCAAGGUGGAAGCAGCCAACAAGCUUGAUGACCCACUGGCUGCCUUCCCAGCCUUCAAAAAAUACGACAGAAAUGGGCUGAACCUGCAGAUUGAGUGUAAGCGAGUGACCUCCCUCAACCCGCUGUCUGUGGAGUGGGCCUUCGAACUCACCAGAGCCAACAUGCAAGCACUGUAUGAGCAGAGCGAGUGGGGGUGGAAGGAGAGGGAAAAGCGGGAGGAAAUGAAUGACGAGAGGGCCUGGUACCUGCUGGCCCGCGACGGCGACUCCGCCCCUGUGGCCUUCUCUCACUUCCGAUUUGACGUGGAGUGCGGGGAGGAGGUUUUAUAUUGCUAUGAGGUCCAGUUAGAGAGCAGAGUGAGGAGGAAAGGACUCGGAAAGUUCCUCAUCCAGAUUCUACAGCUCAUCGCCAACAGUACGCAGAUGAAGAAAGUCAUGUUGACAGUUUUCAAACACAACCACGGGGCUUACCAGUUCUUCAGAGAAGCUUUACAGUUUGAGAUCGAUGAGACCUCGCCAAGCAUGUCCGGUUGCUGCGGUGACGACUGCUCUUACGAGAUCCUCAGCCGGCGGACCAAACACGGCGAGGCCUCAGCGGGACACACCCACGGGGGCGGGCACUGCGGGGGCUGCUGCCACUGAUCCGCUUCGGUUUCCAACCUUUUUUUGUGAUUUUGGUUAAAAGCCAGCAACUUUCAUGGCUGUGUGUGAAAGCUUGAGCUGCCUGCAACCCCCGCAAGCGUUUUGAGUUUGCCCAGCUGUAGGGUGCCGUUAAAAGUGAAUUCCAUUGCGGAAUACCUGGCUGCAGAUGUUUGUGUUGCAUUAUGGAUGGAGAUUUAUGUGGGUUAUUUUUGUGUGUGUAGUCCUGCUCCGAAAGCAGUGUGCAGUGUGAGCUUUCACACAUAGCUCCUGUUCAUUCUUUGUUCCUUUUCAUUGGUUUAACGUCCCGGCCUUCUUUCCUCCUUCUCUUGUCCCGGCUAACGAUGAUGAUUAGUAGUUCCCCGCCGAGCAUUGCUGACAUUCUCCACCCCGGCAAUGCACCUCAUCUCUCAAGGUGCCACACUGUAUUUAAUCAUUCUGCAGCGCUUCUUAAACAACGGCUCGGGACCCGGCCUGCGGCUGUAUUAUAGAAACUUACUACCUCAAGUCAAGGUGUCACAGUCCAUUUUUCUAAAUAAACAUAAGUACAUUCAGUCGGUUUCUGUAUUACAGCCCCGGAUUUCCUUGGGCCUUCACACCGAGACGACCGAGGCUCGUUUCACUGAUCCAGGAUUAGGCUUAAAGUAGUCCCAAUUGUGUCCCAGGAAAACCGUCUGAGAAACCCUGCAGUGCAGUAAUACCACCUGUUGUAUCUAAAUAUGGCUUGUAAGUGGUUUUGUGACAGAGUGCCGCUAGCAGCAACUCCACACGGGGCCCCUUUAUACUACAGUCCUCUAUUAGCGCCUCAUCUUCUCAGUUUGCCUAAAUCUAGCAGGCAUCUCCGCUGCGUUUUAAUUUGAAUAACUUGAGAAAAUGUUCCCUUCUCUAGAUAACACUUUGUGUUCUUCUCCAGUGAGUAAAAAUCUGUUCCUGUCAAGCAGCGUUCAACUAGAACAAAAUCCCAGUACGGCUCUUUGGCAGAUUUACACGCUUUUUAUUCCCACCAUCUCUUUUCCACCCUCACAGAUUGGAAGAGCCAAAAUCCCAUGAUCCACAUCUGUACAGUUGUAGCCUCCAUGUCCUAGAGUACGAUCGCCCCACUCCUGCUCGCCUCUUUGUUCUCUUUCGCUUCCAAGAGGUACUAAUGAUAAACAAGUUGAUGUUGACGCUACCUUUUUAAGUUGUGUUUAUGGAAAGAAAAAAACUAAACCACCCCUUCCCUUAUGUAGUUUGUUAGCAUGAGCAAAUCAUAUUGAUUUAAGAUGGAUGAAGAUCGGUUGAAGUCACCGCUUCACGUUGGCUGUCUGAAGCCGAGGUUGCGGAGAACCCCAGAGGAGGAUGGACGGUAGAAGUGAUUGCAAAGCACCAAAGUGUUUUUACUCAUCGUUAUUCCUCUCCUCCUAAUUAGCACCGGUUUGCCAUCAGUUCACGUGACCACGUUUAGAAAAUGCUGCAAAGUCCAACGCAUGUUUGAACAAAUCCCCCAUAAUUCACUGCAUGUCAGAAUUGCGGGACGACUGAGUGGAUGCCGAUUUGGCGUUCCCGCCGGCGGUUAAAGACUCGUUGCGUACACGUGACGCCCCUUCACAUGGAGCAGGUCCUGAAUACUUUGAAUUAAAAAUGCAACAUUGCUGUUGAUCUAGCGAGGCGUCGAUCUGGUAUCUGGGACCCGUCCCCAUAACACCCUUUCAUUCCAGGCCUGUAGUUGGUUUGUGCAGAUUGUGGGCUGGAGGUUUGAUUUUACUUUUAUUCUGUGGAUGUAAAGUUUCUUCUGUCUAGUGUGGCUGGAAAGGGCUUUAAUUUGGUUUGUUUUUAAAUGUGUCUUUUUUUUUAAACGGUCAUAUCAAGGCUCAGCUUGAGAUUUCUCAGAUUCAUGCCUGGCCAAAGUAUGUGAAGCAGGGCAGACUGAAAUGUGAAUAUAAUGAAAUAAUGUUAGAAAAUGUCAAUUUUCUGUUUUACCCCCCCCCCCCCAAAAAAAAACAACCUUUUUGGAUGACAGUCCAGAUGCAGGGGUGACGUUUCGUUUUGCUUCUAGACUGGGUGGAGACUCUAAAAUAUUCAACACCUCAAGAUCGCAUAUUGGUGUCUCAUGCUUGUUUGAUCAGAAACCAUGAAACAACACCGUGCUUGUUUUAGUAGUAGACUACCUUCUGAUAAGUACAGUAAGUCAUUUUUGCACUGCAUAAGCUACAAUAUCAAAGGGGAUGUUGUACAUAGUGGCAGUUAAUCAACCGACUGACAGUCUCUCUCUCUCUCUCAGGUUAAUCGAACAUAAUCAAACCUCAUCUGUUUAAUUUAACAGCCGGAUUAGAUUGGCCACAGCGCUGACCUAGAGUCAGUUUUUUUUUUUAUGUGUCACGCUGUAGUAUUUUGAAGAUAUGUUACAGUGAAAGUAAAAGCUCCUCUAUGCCUUGGAAAUGUGAAGUUGCAUGAACGUGAUGAUUACGGGGUUGGAUGAAGUUGGAACUGCCUCUGGAUCAGUGCUAAAUUGUUUAUAUUCAAUUCUGAUUGGUUGGCGGUCUUUAAAGAAAUAAAUAAAAGGUUCACUAAAAGUAAAGAUCAGUUUGAAAAUAUCCUAUAUUUGAAAAGGAGCCUAAACCUAACUAGUUUAUUUUAAGUCAUUUUUAUUUUGCAAAAUGGUCACAUACAGUCACAAAAUCACCAAACCUCCUCUUGGUCUUUUCUCUGUGUAUGCGUGUAAAUAUAUAUAAGCUGUUGUGGAUCCAUCUUCAUUACUUGGCCUUUUACAGGUAAAACACUUAUUAAACAUGUUGAAAGUAAAACUCCAUGUUUGAGAGUGAGUGUUAUAGUCCCAUUCACAAAUGACAAUGAAAGGGAAAACUAAGUCAUUCUGCCUUGUCAGUGUUUUAUUUGUAUGUUACAAAUAAAGGAAAGUUGUUUUGACUUUUCAAGA